AUGAGGACGACAAGGAAGAAAAGGACUUUGGAAGAAGAAGGAGAAAAGGAAGAAGGAGAAGCAAGAGGCAGCCAAGAAGAGAAGAAGUGGAGUACAGAGAAGGAAAGGUGGGAAAGCAAGUACAGAUGCCUUCAACUUGUGGUAUGGAUGAUGAAAAGAGACAUCGUCGAGUCUCGUGUCGACAUGAGCGAUGGACGAACAGAGAAAAAAAAAGGGUAA